CCUUCGCAUACCUACAGUGUCGCUUAAGACAUUGCAUUCACGGGUCAUUGUAAAAUGGAGGCUCCAAACGGCAAGCCCUAACUCAGUGUGGGUUGAACUACUGCACUGGACACACUUGCAGUCAGAACAGCAGUGUUAACUAUGGAACCCAAUGGACAUACGUUUUUGGAUAAAGUGCUGAAGAUAGUGAAGGAUACGCAAGAUGAGAAUCAACCGCUGAUUGAGUUUAAGCAUCCUAAGGAGUUGGAAGAGAUCUUAGAUCUUGACGUCACUGAAGGAGUAAAUGACCAAGAGCUGGAGUCAUGCGUGCGCCAGGUCUUGCAGCACAGCGUCAAGACCGGCAGGUCUACCUUCAGGAACCAGCUGUACGGUGGGACUGACAUUUACGGACUCUCGGGGGCGUGGAUCUCCGAAGCUUUUAAUACUAGCCAGUACACCUUCGAAGUGGCGCCAGCCUUCACGCUGAUCGAGCUGAAGAUGAUCCGCCAUAUCCUCCAGCUCUUCGGCAUGCCCGAAGGAGACGGCAUCUUCAGUCCUGGAGGCAGCAUGUCCAUGUUCUAUGGGAUUGUUGCUGCGAGGUACAAAGCCUUUCCUGAAGUGAAGAGUAAGGGCAUGAGGGGACUGCCUGAGAUGGUCUUGUUUACUUCUGAAGAUAGCCAUUACUCUAUAAAGAAGGCUGCUCACUGGCUGGGCUUCGGCACUGAAAGCGUAAAAGUUAUCAAAACCAACCAACGCGGUCAGAUCUUAGUGCCAGAACUGGACUUAGCCAUCCAGAGAGAGAAGGAUGAGGGUAGAUGUCCAUUGUUUGUGAACGCCACCGCUGGGACGACAGUACUGGGAGCCAUUGAUGACCUGGUGGCGGUGUCUGACGUAUGCAAGAAGCAUAACGUUUGGAUGCAUGUUGAUGCAUGCUGGGGUGGAAGUCUCAUUUUGUCACAGAAACAUCGAAACAAAUUGGACGGAAUAGAAAGAGCAGACUCAAUAUCGUGGAACCCGCACAAGAUGGCGGGCGCGCCGCUGCAAUGCUCCUUGUUGCUGGUGCGCGCGCGCGGCUUGCUGCACGCCGCCAACGCGGCCGCGGCCAAGUACCUCUUCCACCAGGACAAGUUCUAUGACGUCAGCUACGACACGGGCGACAAGAGCGUGCAGUGCGGGAGGAAGAUAGACGCCUUCAAGCUUUGGAUGAUGUGGAAGGCGCGCGGUGACGCCGGCUUGUCUUCCCUCUGCGACCACACUAUGGACAUCGCCCGGUUUUGUCUGCAAACCGUGGCGAAGAAACCAGGCUUUCGUCUAGUUUGCGAUGACCUGCAGUGCCCUAAUGUAUGCUUCUGGUACAUUCCUACGUUCAUGAGGGGAAGAAACGAAGAUGAGCAGUGGUGGGAGAUUAUGCACAAGAUCACCCCCAAAAUCAAAGAGCUCCUCACGCUAUCAUCUCAGCUGAUGGUGGCGUAUUGCCCCGUGAGACAGUUCCGCAACUUCUUCCGAAUGGCCUUCACCUUCCACCCCGUGACCCAGGAGAAGCAGGUCCUGGAUAUGCUGCAGGCGAUAGAGGAGUGCGGAGAGAAGGUUACCCUGGCUAUGUUAUGAGUUUGUCCCAUGAGGGAAAGACUUGCCCUGAAUUCUGCCUCUAUGAAGGAUUUUUAACCAUUGGAUCUCCCUUUGAGGAAAUAAGAAACGGUUUGGAUAGUACAUAUUUUAUAAAACAUCUGAAAUAUCAAUAUGAUAGAUUUAUUAUUAAUUUUUUUUAUAAAAUUUAUUUUGUUACCAGAUAUUAAAUAUUUCUCGAACAUUUAA